AUGGAAACCUGGUUUUGGAUUGUUGGCUGGUUUCUUUCCAUUCUGACGAUAACAGGGAAUGGAUUUAUUAUCUUCCUUGUUACUAGCAAACGAAAUCUUCGAACUAAAACCAACGCGUUUGUCGUUUCACUCGCUCUGGCAGAUCUCUGUGUCGGGAUAACAGUGGUUCCUACAUUGUUUGUCUGCAACAAGGUGGCAGGUUGCAACUCAGAAGAUAACAUGAUGUACAUUGUUAGAAACUUUUUCGCCUUUGCGUCCGUGAUGAACUUGUGUAGCUUGGUCCUGGAUCGCUUCAUUGCCGUUGUUCAACCUUUAAAAUACUUGAGUCUCAUGACACGUCGCCGUAUCAUUCAAAUGCUUUCCCUAUCUUGGUCACUUCCGUUUGUAUCUCGAGCAUUUUACGCAUUGCCACAACUUGUUGAAAGUCCAUUUGGCCUCAAGUUUCUUAGUAUCCUAACUCUAAUCAUCUUUGAAUUCCUUCCAACUAUCAUAUGUGUGUUUUGUUUUCUAUCUAUGUUACAAAUUCUCUGUAAACAUGAUCAAACAACUCGCUUGUUAGCAAAACAGUUAAGUUUCAACCAUAAGUUUUCUCGUAAGAAAAGGGAAAAGUCAGUUGUUAUAAUGACGGGAGUAGUGGUAGGAAUAUUUCUCCUGUGUUACAGUCUUUACAUGCGCUGUUCUUUUGUGUACUUAUUCAGUGACGGUCCAAAACCGUGUAAUGAUGUUCACUAUAAAAUCCCUAUUUUAGUGCUAAACUCUGCCGUCAACCCAUUAGCUUACUCUUUCUUUAAGAGAGACGUAAAGAAGGAGAUUAAAAGACGAAUUUGGUGUGCAAAAUAA